AUGAAUUCCGUUUACGGUAGGACAGACAUCCCUCACAUCCCUCUCCCCCCCCUACUCCACCACUCCUCCAAAAACACCCCGCCAACACGGUGUCCAGAAUACGUCUUCAACGGCGACUACCUCAACGCGCUGCUGGACGGCGGCUACCUGCCGUCGCCCGUGAUCCGCAUCGGGAUCCGGCAGCAGCUGCGGCAGCGGCUGGCGGCGAUCGCGGCGACGACGCUCGAGGCCGCCUGCGCGAGCAAGAUGCGGUACGUGUCGCUGCUGCGCUCGCGGCCCAUCGCCGUCGAGACGGCCGCCGCCAACGAGCAGCACUACGAGGUCGGCACAGGCGUGCUGCAGGCCUGCCUCGGCCCCCGCAUGAAGUACUCGUGCUGCUUGUAUCCCAAGGGCGGCGAGACGCUGGCCCAGGCCGAGAUGGCCAUGCUGAAGCUGUACGUGGAGAGGGCGGGGUUGGUCGAUGGGAUGAGUGUUUUGGAUCUUGGCUGUGGCUGGGGAUCCGCGUCGUUGUAUUUCGCCGAGAUCUUCCCCAAUAGUUCUGUGACGGCUUUCUCCAAUUCCCGGACGCAAAAGGAAUACAUCGACUCUUGCGCCAAGGAGAAAGGUUUGGUGAACCUAAAGGUCAUCACCGGAGAUGUGGUGGACUACGAGUUUGAGCCCUCACAGUUCGACCGCGUCGUGUCCAUUGAACUGUUCGAGCACAUGAAGAACUACGAGCUCCUGAUGGCAAAGGUGGCUCGGGCCUUGAAACCGGGCGGGAAGCUGUUUGUGCACAUCUUCGCGCAUAAGAGUACGCCGUACGACUUCGAGAGUGGCUGGAUGACGGAGCACUUCUUCACGGGUGGAACCAUGCCGAGCACAGAUCUGCUUCAUUACUUCCAGAGGGACCUGUACCUGCAGGAGCAGUGGUGGGUGAAUGGCACGCACUAUGCUAAGACAUGCGAGGACUGGCUGUCUAAGAUGACCGCCCACAAGAAGGAAAUCUGGCCCCAUUUGGAAGAGACGUACGGCAAAGAAAACACUGCAACAUGGUAUCACCGGUGGCAGAUUUUCUACAUGGCUUGCGCAGAGCUGUUUGCGUACGAAGGUGGUGAGACAUGGGGUGUCUCUCACUAUCUGUUCGAGAAGCCAACCGACAGGGUUGAGUAA